CUUUUUUUUGUCAACAUGCGCUCGCAACCAAGCAUUCUGAUUACCGGCACUCCUGGCGUUGGCAAAACAACUCUGUGUGAGCUGGUUUCCGCAGCGACUGGCUAUCCGCACUACAAUGUCAGCCAGAUGGCCAAGGACGGCAACAUGCUGGACGGCUGGGACGAAGAGUACCAAACGCAUGUGCUGAACGAGGACAAGUUGCUGGACGAGCUCGAGCCGCUUGUGCAUCCCGGCGGUGCGAUUGUUGAUUACCACGGCUGCGAACUCUUCCCAAAGCGAUGGUUUGACCUCGUCGUCGUCCUGUGUGCCGAUAACACUGUGCUCUAUGAUCGCCUGUCUGCUCGUGGAUAUACUGGCAAGAAGCUGAGCGACAACGUUGAGAGCGAGAUUAUGCAGGUUAUUCUUCAAGAAGCGCACGAGUCGUACGAUGCAGAAAUCAUUCUUCACCUUGAGAACGACACGACAGAGCAGAUGGAGCAGAAUGUGCAGACCAUUUCUGAAUGGAUUGCUCAGUACAAGCUCAAGCAUGCUUAAAGUCGAGCGACAGUCUCAUGUCCUUGUGUUAGUUGAUUUUGUAUUUCUUGAAAUAGAGCUAGAAGGUGGUGCGUUAUUCCCUUUGCCA